GUCCGGAAUGCAAAACAGGUAUUUCAAGGCGGGCGACGCAACAGUUAACGCCGUCCUGCUCGGCGGGUUGUGUUGAGAGUACACAGGUUCAGCGUUACUUCAUGCAAUCUAUGCUGAGGGCGAAGCCGAAUCAGAAUGGACGUCAGGGAAUGGUGCGCCACAUGUAUUCUGACUGUUUUCCCGUGCCUAAAAACUUCAGCCUCUGACAACGAGGGGGUCGGUCAUGAGAAGCGAGACAUUGUGAUCAUUAGAAAUCCCCAUGCGGAGGAGGCACCUACACGGCCACUGCCGCCGGUGCCCCCAAAGGACUCGGGAUCAAUCUACACCGCAUUGUACGACUACACUGCUCGGACUGAGAAUGAUUUGAGUUUUAGGGCCGGGGACAAGCUCGAAGCUCUGGAUAAAAGUGCCGGUGAAUGGUGGUUAGCCAGAGCACUCACUGGAAUCUCUGCCAACGAAAAGGGAUACAUUCCGGCGAAUUAUGUGGCACCCGUGGAGAGUUUGGACGCCGAGCCAUGGUUUUUUCCCGACACAAAGAGAUUGGAUGCGGAGAAGAUGCUGCUUUCUGAAGGAAACCAGCACGGAGCUUUUCUCAUCAGGCAGUGUGAAAGCCAGAAAGGGGAGCUAUCUCUCUCAGUAUUGGACAAUGGAAAGGUUAAACAUUACAAACUGCGGAAACUUGACGGAGGAGGUUAUUAUGUCUCCCGAACAAAAUGUUUUCAGACUCUAAAGGAACUUGUAGAGAACUAUUCCAAAAACGAAGAUGGCCUAUGCGUGCGUCUUGGUGAACCUUGUAAGAAGCUGGAGGCCCCACAGACCCACGGCCUGUCCUACGACACAGUGGACCAGUGGGAGAUCGACCGCGCCUCCAUCCAGCUGAUGAGGAAGCUGGGAGCCGGGCAGUUCGGCGAGGUGCACGAGGGCCUGUGGAACGGCACCACCGCCGUGGCGGUGAAAACCCUGAAACCCGGUACAAUGGACCCUCAAGACUUCCUCAGGGAGGCUCAGAUGAUGAAGACGCUGCGUCACCCCAAACUGAUCCAGCUGUACGCCGUCUGCACACUGCAGGAGCCCAUCUACAUCAUCACCGAGCUCAUGAGGAACGGAAGCCUGCUUGAUUACCUCCAGAAAGACAAAGGAGCCAAGCUGCGCCACCCAGACCUACUAGAAAUGGCCGCCCAAGUGGCUGCUGGGAUGGCAUACCUAGAGCAGCAGAACUACAUCCACCGAGACCUGGCGGCCAGGAACGUGCUGGUCGGGGAGAGCAACACCUGCAAGGUGGCCGACUUCGGCCUGGCCAGAGUCUUCAUGAUGGAUAAUGAAAACGUGUAUGAAGCCAAAGAAGGGACCAAGUUCCCCGUGAAGUGGACGGCGCCUGAGGCCAUCCACGGCCACAAGUUCAGCAUCAAGUCUGACGUGUGGUCCUUCGGCAUCCUCCUGUACGAAAUCAUAACCUUUGGACAGAUGCCCUAUCCAACCAUGACCAACAACCAGGUGGUGCAGAAGCUGUCCACCGGGUACCGGAUGUCCUGUCCGUCAAACUGCCCCGCCGUGCUGUACAACAUCAUGAUGGAAUGCUGGAAGGAGAACGAGCAGGAGAGGCCCACGUUUGAGACCCUGCAGUGGAAGCUCGAGGACUUCUUUGACUUGGACGUGUCGUCUUACGACAAUUCGAGAAGCCAUUAGCGAAGCCGUCGAUGCACAGGUACUCUUUGCAUGCGGUAUCAAAUAACCAAGCUAGAAUUUAAAAAAUUAUUCUUGAACACGGGUGGCAUGUGUGUUUUCUCACUAAUUAACCAUAGAAGUGAAAAGUCAGCGGACCAGACAUUUUUGCACUUUUCUGUUGGCAGUAAGCAUAGUGUGUAUACUUUCAGAAGCGAAGGGCCUAGAAUAUGCUCACUCCAAGGAAUCUGAGAUUUGAGUCAUCACCAUUUUGCUGUUCUUCUUCUUGUUUCAUUCCCUGAAACGUUUUUCGAAAUGAAGAUUAUCUCAGCUAACUGGUUUAAGUCUCAGCCAAAGACCUACAAAUGACAUUUCCUUGGCUAAAAAUAUUUUUGGCUUGCAGGAAGAUUAUCCCAAUUUGGGAAUUGAAUUAUUCUCUCAUCAGUGUAUGUAUGUGUUAUAUUGUGUGUGCUUUUUCUUGCAAUGGGUCUUGACAGAAUAAGCAGACAGGCAGCAAGAUGAUAUGCUAUAGUAACCUUAAAGUGACUUUAUAAUGACCGGAAUAUCAAGAUGACUAUAUUAAAAUUUAAAACAUGUUUUUUUCUCCCGAAAUCGUCAAUGGUAACAUUCUUUAAUAGGUUGCUAGACUGAAAUAUUUCUGCAAAAUCGAUUUGCUUAUGUACAUGUAAAUUAAUAGAAAAACAUUAUUUGGAUGUUCUUAUGUAAUGACUGUUUUUUUAUCUCUUUACAUGUUGAAGAAUACAACUUGUUUUUAGAAAAAUGUGUUGGUAUUUGAAAUGUAAGCUUCAAGUACACAGUUUUUUUUCUAAAUAAAUUCUAAAUUGUUAACUAUGUAUAAAUAUACUGUAUUAACAUAAUAUACUAUGUUAUAUCUGAUUUAACUCCCAAAGACCCUUUAGUCUGCAUUCUGUAAAAUGUAAAAUUUAGAUGUUUAUUAAUUGGCUGUUUGUGUCGGUGCAGUUCACAUGAUUCCUGUGUUGUGUUAGAAAAUCCUUUUGGGAGUAUUGUUUAAAUUUUUGCUGUAUUAAGAGAAUGUCUGUUAAGGUUGUUAAUUAACUUUUAAUUAAAGGUUGUGUAAUUUGUAUGCAACCUUGUUUGUACAUAAUUGUAAAUCAUUUGUUAGAAUUAUUUGGUAAUGCCAAAUUAGUAAUAUAUUUUUGUAGUUUUAAAAAAUUAAACUACUGAAGUGAUUAACCUUUGGGAUUUAUAUUUUUGUUUUUAAUUAAACUACUUAUUUUCAUA